ACGUGGGCCCCUGGUGUGUGGCAAACCGCUGAUUUCUCAAAUCUUAAGCGUGUUUUGUGGAAAUGUUAUGUUAGCUAGCUUACAGCUAACUUGGCUAGCGUUGUUCAGUAAAGUUAGCUGUGGUUGUUAAAGUGAUGCUCCCACUGUGGGAAGCUAGAGGACGAACUCUCGGGUUUAACCUUCGUGUGAUGAUAAAAGGUGGUUUUACAACAUGAUCUGUGAUUGGAGGGAUUCAGCUGAUUUAAAUCACUUACGAGGCUCUCCUCGUAUGGCACUUGCUUGCUCAUUGUGCGAGUUAUGCUUGGAGUCUCCCGUAAAUCAGGUCAGAGGCUUAAAGCCGCUGGAUUUAAGUGGCAAAAGGCUUUAUUUCUUUGACCUCCAUCAUCAUUAACUCAGGGACGACAGCCACUGUGAAGAGGUUAUUAGCUUCACUCGUUUGCUGAUUAACCUCUGUGUCAUCUUGGGGUUAAGUAGGUGUCAGGAAACAUCAUAUCAAUAAGUCACUGGAGAAGAUGGAGACAACAGGGAAUGUGUCCAAUGGUGCAGGGCCUGUGUAUGAGCAGAAAGAAAAGACCCUCAGGCCAGAGGAUCUGUCUGAGAUGCUGGCAGCAGGGACCAAGCAGAUUCACGAAAAGGCUGAGAACACUCAGUUUGUGAAAGAUUUCCUCAGGGGUCGCAUCCGCAAAGAGCUCUUCAAGCUUGGUGCGGUGGCGCUUUACUACACAUACACGGCCCUGGAGGAGGAGAUUGAAAGAAACAAGGAUCACCCCCAUUUUGCUCCUCUUUAUUUUCCCGCUGAGCUGCAUCGCCACGAAGCUCUGGCCCGUGACCUCGAAUACUUUUACGGUCCAGAAUGGAAGAGCCACGCAAGCUGCUCAAAGGCCACCCAACAAUAUGUGGACCGCAUCCAUCAAGUAGGGCAGGAGGACCCAGUGUUGCUGGUUGCACAUGCCUACACUCGCUACAUGGGGGACCUAUCUGGUGGGCAGGUGCUGAAGAAGGUGGCACAGAGAGCCUUGAAGCUGCCGCCCACAGGAGAGGGCUUAGAGUUUUACCAGUUCGAUGCCAUCCAUAGCGCCAAAGCAUUCAAGCAGCUGUAUCGAAGUCGGAUGAAUGAGCUGGAACUGGACAUGGAAACAAAGAAGAGACUGGUGGAUGAGGCUGUGAAGGCUUUUCUGUUCAACAUUGAGGUGUUUGAGGAGUUAGAAGAGAUCGGCAAAACCAUCCAGGAGGAUGUUUUAGAUGCUGGCAUGCCCGUUCAUGGAGCAAUGGGUGGAGACAUCAGCAAAUGUCCCUACUACAAUGCCAAAAUGGCGGCAUCAGGUGGAACAGCAUACGUCCGUCAGCUGGCCAUGGCUGCUCUCAGACACCCGACAGGACAGGUCCUGUUUGCUACUUGGUUUGCUGCCUUGGCUGGACUGGUUGCGUGGUAUCUGAUGUGAUCUGUCGCUCCGUCUGCCACUCUGCUGCUGUGUGAAAAGAGGACUGUAACAGGAAGGACAGUAAAGGACACUGAGAUCUUUCCACGAGAUGUGGACCGUGUCAUAGCUUGUGGUCCAAGUUUAUUUAUUGUUACAUAUUGCAUAAUAAUGUAAGCUUACAAAAAUAUGGAACAGUUAAAUUCAAGCAAAAUGAUCUAUAGGACCAAUAUAAUUCCAUCCAUCACGCUAGAUUUAUUCAUCUUUUAAAUUCUCUACCUCCUCCUGCAUUAUUCCUCCAAUCUGUGUCCUUCCAGUUGCAUUUGGUCGUAUCUCGAGACCUCAUGUAGAUCUCCUAUUUUCUUACUGAAGCGACAUUUCGUUCCACAACUGUAUCUGGCUGUUUAGUAUUUAUUCCUUAAUAAUAAAUUGAACAUAGAGUGAGUUAAUUGUGUGAUUAGUAAAGUUCGCUGUGCACUUUAGAUUUCUACUGAAGCCUUUAGUAAGAAGAUUAUUUGGAAGUGUAAACUUUGACUCCUCGUAUAUAAUUAUCUUUAUUUCUGCACAGUAAUUCAGUUGCAAAGUUAAUGGGAAACCCAAAUUUCAUUAAUCCAUUAAGCUUCAGCUUCAAAUAUUUCGAAACGGUUUGUUUGUUGAGACGGGCGAUAGCAGUUAAAAGCUUGAUUAAUAAUCAGUCUUCACAUACUAAUAACAUAUACAGGAUAUUUUAAUCUCUCCUGGUGCAUGUUCACUUGUAUAAUUUCUCUGCUUUCAGAAUUAUGUGACAGUGCACCUUGUAUUUGUUCAACAAAACCAAACAAACUUGCCUGUUGGUUUGAUUGCAGAGCUUAACUAUCCAAUAUGAAUAAUUCACUGUAAUAAUUCAGCUUUACUGGCAAACGGGAGCCUAUAUUAGGACAGAGGUGCGUGCGGCUGUUUUAAGAGGAAGAUUGUAUUUUUGUACUAAUGACGCUUCAUCCACAUUCUUUCAUGAGAUGAAUUUGUGUGAGAAUACCUUCAGCAGCUCAGCACUUAUUUAUGUGUCCAUUCGUUCAUCAGUAUGCAUUGUGAAUGUAUGAAGUGGGAUGAUCACCUAUAUUGAGUUUUGUUUUGUUUUUUUAAGCACAGAGAAGUGUGUACUGUAUGUAUUUUGUGGUUGAAGUAUAAUCUUUAUCCUAACACAGUAACGGUAUUUUUUAACUUAAAGCACUUGAGGCACAGAGAACCAAAAAAACAAAAAAAUACUGCACAUAAGUGGAUGUGCAGUAUUUUUUGAUGACAGAUGGCUUUAUGCAUCAUAUAUGGAGGACAAAUACAGGGAUAGGCCGAUACGCUCCUGUAGUUUCCAUGUAAUACCAUUUUAUAAUGCUAGUGUCAAAAUGAUUCAGUAGUUUUGGACCUAUUAUCGUAGAUUAAACGUGGAGUGAUUGCCUGAGUCAUAUGUAUUUCUGAUUUUCUUGCAUUUUCAUUGACUCUGCUCUUAAUCCUUAUCUGUAUCUAACUGGAGCUUUACUAGUAACUGGCUAGAGUAAUCUCUUUGUAUGAGAGUGGGGAAAAACUGUAUGUUAUGCUUUCAGUAAUGAAAAAAGACAUGUUUUGUUUUCAUGAAGAAAUAAAACAAAUUCUUUUUGA